CCUGAAAACCCUCCGUGUCUCCGUCUCCCUCUCAUACCCUCUGAAGCCAGGCAGAGAGGAAGGAUGGACUUGGUGAUUCUGCUGCUCACUGUGUGGGCUGUAUCCAGUCCUGGGUCUGCCCAGGUCCCAGCUGCAGCGUCUGAUCUCUGUCCUGAUAGGCUCCUGGGUAAUGAGAGGCGAAGGACGUGUCCAAAACCGUGCACGGAGGACAAAGACUGUGGCAACAAGCGCCAGUGUCUCUGUGAUGGACAGUGUGGCCUCAGCUGUGUGGCCCCAGGUCGUUCUUGUCCCUGGCCUGUGCCCCUUGGUGAACAUUUGGAGGCCCGCCUCCUCUCUCCCAGCCCCUCCUUCUCCGCUCUCCUGGAGGUGCGCUGUGACCCUGGCUUCACUCUGUCCAACGGCCUCGACGUAGCCAUCCGUCGUUGCCAAGGAGACCGACAAUGGAGCGGGGACGAGCCGAUCUGCACAGACUCCUCAGCAGGCCCCACCCCCACCCUGAUAAUCUGCCCACGGCCAGAGGACGACAUCUUACACAUCAAUGGAACUGGAACCUUGGGAGACACCGUUCAGUACAGCUGUCUGUUUGGAUACACACUGGUAGGAAGCAGAGAGAAUCUCUGUCAACACGAUCAGACGUGGCAGAAUCCUCACCCCAUCUGUCAGAAGAGCUUCUGUCCGCCCCCACAGGAGGUGGAGCAAGGCUACGUGGUGGCAGUUCAGAAGACGGAGUACGAGGCGGGCUUUGAGACCCACUUCCUCUGCAAAAAGAACUUUCUAUUGGACGGGCCCAACCAGAUCGUCUGCCUGUCAAACGGCAGCUGGAGCGCCUCCCCCCCGUUCUGCAGAGCUCGCUGUCUGAUCCCUGCCGAGCGGAGCCGGAUCGUGAUUGGUGGGGUGAAGCGCUGGCCUUAUGAUGUCACAGACGCCAUGGUUCAACACGGGGAGAAGGUGACGUUCUUCUGCAAGCACGCGAGCAAGGCGUGCAGCUUCGCAGCGUCGCAGAGCUGCUUUGACGGAAAGCUAAACCAACCGCACUGCUACCUUGAACCCACCUGGCUCCAGUACAAGCUCUUCCCUCAUCGCCUGGUGUCCGAGAUCAAGGCAUGUGAACCUGGUGACAUGAAAUGAUGACCUCACUUCGACCGUGGAAUCUCAAGCUACACAAGGACACCUGCACACACACACACACACACACACACAUACACCUUGUUCCAUUGCAACAUGACAAGUCAUGCAAACCCUCAUUCUUUCUCUCUCACUCAGCUUGUUGAACAGUUUUUUUUAUAUAUUGAUGGUUCAUGUAUUUAUGCACAUAUAUUGCAUUGGAAUCCAUGUAGUUAUAAUCAAAAACUAUGAUAGUUCAAAUGUUUUUACAUUUAGUCAUUUAGCAGAAGGUCUUAUCCAGAGCGACCUAAUGUAAGUACCGGGAUAUUCCCCCGAGGCAUGUAGGGUGAAGUGCCUUGCCCAAGGACACAAUGUAAUUUGGCUCGGCCGGGAAUCGAACCAGCAACUUUCUGAUUACUAGCCAGAUUCCCUAACCGCUCAGCCAUCUUACUCCCUCUCUCCCUCAUUAUGUUACCACGGUAACAAUCGGUUCAUGUGUGACUCUGGGAUUUCUCCCUGUGUAAUUAGUCUCGUUUGUCUUCGAUGUUUUGUCUGUUUUUUAGUAAGGUCCUUCCUCCUUCCUUGUCUGAUGUUGUUGACGCCUUAAGCCUGGGGGCU